AUGGCGCCAGGACAGAAAAUGUACCCACGGGCGACUGUCAAGAAGAUCGUCAAGGCCCACUCCAACUGCAAUGUCAGCAAGAAUGCGGACGUGACGAUGUUCCUCGACUAUAUCAUCUUCAUGGAAACAUUAGUGAAAGAGGCUGGGAUCGAAUCGAAGCAAGGGGGCGAGAGGGGUAUCACUGCCAGAAGUGUCAAGAAAGUCACAGGCAAUACCCUUGCAAAGUUCAAGGGAUGA